CGUGCCUACCUACGUACCAGUAAUGAUAAGUAUUAUAUUGUGUUGAUAGAUACAUCGGUUAGACUCCUAAACUGGUCAAGUUGACCGAUAUAGCCUGAAGGCUUUGAGUCUCUUAACCGCUGCUCUUAAUGAUUUAGUUGUAUACUAGAGAUAUAUUCUAACUGGAGAUAAGAAGCGUUUCCGUCUUAGGUUAUCACUCGAACGGUGGAAAUGUUAUUGAAACUCGGAACGGCAAAUAGGAGUUACGAUGGCUUAUGAUGACUUAGGAGGUAGAUAACAACCUCGCAUCACACGGACCAACUUGAUUGUGAAAUAUAACGACUUUAGCCAAUCAAUAUCUCAAAUCGGAGCGCCCCUCGCCAUAUGGAAUAUGCAUGUAGAAGAAAGUACUUAUUGAGACGCGUCGACGCGUUUGUUGGCGUUCCGACACAACAAGUCACAUCACAAUUAUUAUAAAGAGAGACGAGAUGUCCAAGCGCAAGCGGCCAAGUUACUAUGCAGUUCGAGUCGGCAGGAAGCCUGGCGUGUACGAUAAUUGGGAGCAAUGUGAAGAACAGGUCACCAAGUUCUCAAAUGCCGUUUUCAAGAGUUUCGACACACUUGACGCCGCUCUAGAAUUUGUUGGCUAUGCCUUGGCUUCCAACACCAGCCAUACAGUCGAUGACGAGGAGAGCGAACGUCUAUCGCAAGAUAAUGCUCUCGUGUCCUUAGCAGACUCGACGAAUCUUAUGAGCUUCAAGGCUGAAGAUGCCGAAGGGCUAAUGCCGCCGCCCGCAUCGCAGUCUUACUUUGAUCAAUUUCCCAACUUCGUGCCCGAUAACAACGCGCCUUUUGACGACGAAUUCGGCCGUCUGGCCUCCUCCCAGGGCCUGGCGUCCGGGUCCCAGGAGUAUAGGAGACAGCGAACCAAGGCGAUUCGCGACGAGUUGAAAUUCCAUUACUCGUCUCAACCCGUUGACGCUGCGGGGGGCCUGCAGACCAUACCCGAGCUUGGCAAGAGAUCGUUAGACGAGAGCGAAAAGCUUGACAUAUAUCAAAACAUGUGCCGCGAGAUCGGCGUCAGCCCGCAAGACACCAUCGCGGCGUGCAGACGAGAGCUUAAGGGGGUUCUAGUCAACAUUGUCGAUUACGUCGAUGCCCGCCGCAUAGGGAAAAAGGUCAAAAUAUGGGCCUGGGAUGACUUCCGCCUGUUCAGUACGUAUUCGUUGAAAGACGACAAACGUAUGGAUAGGAGAGAAGCGAAGGCAGACGGGGGAUUCUUGUCGGCUCUCCUGCAGAAGAUAACGGGUCCUAGCCCGGGGAAGAGGGCUCUGGCUUCGCUGGCUGCCGGCAAUCGAAAUGCUAAAAGGAGAAGGACUCGCUAGAGAGGAAUAGGCGUUAUAAAGCGUGUUCGUGUAUCUAGGUAUCUUGGGUAUAGUUUAUUAGCUACCUCUUAGGUAGGCGGUGAUGAUUACUCUGCUACGAAUUAACGAUACGUUAGUUUAGGACGCUGGUUAUGGAUUAAUCUAUUUGAACAGACGGGAGGGUUUGGUCUGUAUGCGAGGAACGGAUAUAAGAGAAAUAAUUUCGUCUCGGUUUUUCUUUAACACCUAUCAGCUCUAAGCUAUCUUUUUUCAACUCAAUCUUUGAACUUGGAAGGCCAUACUGACUGAAGUGAUA